AUGUAUCGUGGGUCAGGGGAUUCUUUAGAAGACAUUUUUGGAACCCCGAAGAAAUUCACAACUUUCGAAUCGAAUUAUUCCGACGAUGAGGAUUUAGACCAUCAUCAAGAAGAUGCCCACACCAUCGCGAAAAUUAAAAGACUAUCGGCCAUUAAUUGCCAACUAAGCCAAAAAGAAAUAUCAUCACCAUCACCAUCAUCCUCGCCAAACAACACUAUCAUACCUCCACCAACUCAAAACGUCAGUGCUAAUAUCAUCAGAGAAGACAGUGUUGUUGCCUCUCCGUUCACCACCACCAAUGACUUAUUCGAUGACAAGAAUAGUAUGGCUGAAGAAAUGAAUAGUAGCAUUAAUGAUAAGAAUGAUAAUAUUCAUCAAAAGAAUUACACGGAUGAGGUAAAACCAAUAGAGGAGCUCAACCAUACAGAUAAUAAAAUGAGGGUCUCCACCGAUACUGAUACUCUUAAUUAUAACAACAACAACAAUACUCCUAAUGGAUACAAAAAACCAAAACAUAAAUCUUCAUUAUACAGAUCAUUAAAGAAAAGUGCCAGUUAUUUAUCGGAUAUCAAAUUCGUGCAAAAAAACAUCAUCUCCAAUAAGAUCGACAUUACUGAAGGAUAUAUUCCCUCAACCACUGCCAACACCGCCAAUUCCCAAGACGUGGGGUCUGAAGAUACUAAUUCCAGUCAUUCUUAUACUUUGUCCCCACCAUUGAAAGACAACAACCAACCCCAAUCAUCAUCCCGGAUCUUUAGAGCUUUGAGCACGAUCUUGGACACCAGUAUCGAUCCAGCGAAAUUACCUCCGUCUCCACAACCAUCGCAGAAAACCUCGGUCAAUUCUGCAGAUUCGGGAAGUACCAAGAAUCAUAAACCAAUAGCCAUGUCCGAGCCAUUACGUCAAAUGUCUAGUGUUUCACCAGAUGCCAAAAGAGUCAAGAAAACUAAAUCGUUGUUCAGUUUUGAAAAUGAAGGCCAAGUCUCCAAAUAG